AUGGCUGAUGAACGAGAUUUCGCACCUGGGGCAGUCGCACCUGGGGCAGUCGCGCCUGAAGCCGAUGCUCCCUCUCCCAGCGACCCCACGGCUCCUUCCUUUCCCCGACAGACGUCGAGUCCCGUUGUCCUCCCCCCCCGCGAAUCUGUGGGAACCGGCUUAUCUGCCUCAUCCACACACCUGGGUCAGGUCAAUGCGGCGCGGCGGGGUGUUGGGACUUCACCACACCCCAAGCCGUCGAUGAGCGGACAAGGAUCCGGUGGAUUAAAUCAAGACAUUAUGGCAAAAAUGAAGGCAUUCUCGUUAUCCCGCCAAGGUGCUCCGCAGCCACAUACUGCUGCUUCGACGGGGCAUAUCCCCACGGCUCAAGGAAGUGGUGCAGGCGGCGCACUUGCUGGCGGCAUGCCCCAGAGUGCCGCACGGCCUAACCCUCAAAAUUGGUCAUCUUCCUCUUCCGUCCCCGCCGCUGGCCCUGGCCCUUUGUCGCCUCGGCCGGGAGGGCUAGCGGCGAAGCGCAUGAAGCCGCGUCUCAAGCUAUCGGAUGUCACUGGUCCGACCACUCCUGCAGCAGGUACAGAUAAAAAGCAGGGCGAACAAAAUGGGGAGUCUGCCUUCAGCAAAUACUCCGAAUUCAUCGACACGAAAGAGGGCACUCUCAACUUCAAAAAUAAAGCCAUUCUACACGGAGGUGGUGUCGAAUUUUCGUCAGGUCACAGCUUCAAGAUCUCACUGGAUGAAGUGGAUCGAUUGGAAGAGUUGGGCAAGGGUAAUUACGGAACAGUCUACAAGGUUCGGCACUCUCGUCCGCAUCUACGAAAGCCAGGUCAGGGUUUGGGUGGCAUUGUCAGCCGUCCUCCAGGCCACGACGAAACGAGUCCAGAAUCUGGGUCGAACCAACUCUCAGGCGUGGUCAUGGCGAUGAAGGAGAUUCGCCUGGAAUUGGACGAAGCCAAGUUUGCACAAAUCAUUAUGGAGUUGGACAUUCUACACCGCUGUAUAUCUCCAUUCAUCAUCGAUUUCUACGGAGCCUUUUUCCAGGAAGGUGCCGUCUAUAUGUGUGUCGAGUUCAUGGAUGGCGGCUCGAUCGACAAGCUCUACGAAGGCGGUGUUCCCGAGAACAUUCUGCGGAAGGUGGCUCUGUCCACCAUCAUGGGAUUGAAAUCCCUGAAGGAGGACCACAAUAUUAUUCACCGCGAUGUGAAGCCAACCAACGUUCUUGUCAACAGCAAAGGCCAAGUAAAGAUCUGCGACUUCGGUGUCAGCGGAAAUCUAGUCUCUAGUAUUGCGAAGACCAAUAUCGGUUGUCAGAGUUAUAUGGCACCUGAACGAAUUUCGGGAGGCGGAAUGCAACAGUCAGGAGCGCCGAGCGCUGGUACAUACAGCGUGCAAAGCGAUGUCUGGAGUUUAGGCUUGUCCAUCAUCGAAUGUGCUAUGGGCCGAUACCCAUACCCACCGGAAACAUUCAACAACAUUUUCAGCCAGUUACACGCUAUCGUCCACGGAGAUCCCCCAACACUACCCGAAGGAUUCUCUGAAGAAGCGCACGCAUUCGUCCAGGCCUGUCUCGACAAGAACCCGAAAAAUCGACCAACUUACAACAUGCUACUCCGACACCCUUGGCUAGCCCCUCUAAUGCAGCCACCAACCGAGUCAGGUGGCGACAACGCCCCACUACCCGAGGAGUCCGGCUCCGGCGAUGCCGCUUCACCCGCCAUCACAGCGGAUGAAGAAGUGGCCGAGUGGGUACAAAAACAAAUGAAACUUAAAGAAGAUGGCCUGCUACAUAUUUCCGAGAAACCAGCACUUCACGCCGUCGCGCUGGAUCAAGUCGCCACGGGCUCUUCCGAGUGUGAUCCCCACGCUCCGUCACAAAAUGACUGA